AUGGAGACUUUUGAUGUAAUCGUUGUCGGUGCCGGUUGGUACGGCCUGAUGGCUGCUCGCACGUAUCUGGAGCUGGCUCCCGAGACCAAUCUUCUCAUCGUGGAUGACAGCGGCACUGUCGGGGGUGUAUGGUCGAAGGAGCGCAUCUACCCCAGUCUCUUUGCUCAGAUCAGCCAUCCACUGUUCGAGUACUCAUUUUAUCCGAUGUCGAAAGAGGACAUAUCGCCGGACGGAUUCGUUUCUGGAAAGACAAUCCACAACUACCUCGACAGUUUUGCCAGGGACCAUAACCUGCUGCCCCGCCUGCGUCUCAAGACUCGCGUAGAAAAGGUCAGGAGAGGACAACCCGGCUCGGACGGAUGGAUACUUGACAUCAAAGGAGGGGACUCUUUGUCAUGCGACAAGCUUAUUUACGCCACAGGCGCCAACUCCAGCCCCAUUAUACCCAAAUGGCCAAGGGACGACUUUGAGAAGCCUGUCAUCCACUCUCUGGAUCUCGGAACGCACCAAGACUACAUAGCCAACAACGUGCGAAGCGCCACUGUCGUCGGCCGCUCCAAGUCAUCGUAUGACGCCGUCUACCAUCUGUUGUGUGAGGGGAAGAAGGUUGACUGGGUCAUGCGAGACGGUCUAUCCGGGCCUUUCAGCCUCUAUGCCCCGACGUUCUUGGGAUUAUGGAACAUCGCCGACCACAUUUCGACGCGCUUCGCCUCAAGCUUCAGCCCGUGCAUCAUGGCAACUUCUGGUUUCUGUUACAACUUCUUCCAGCGCCAUGCCGUAGGACGCAUGCUGACAAACGUGUACUGGCGGACCGCCAACUACCUCUCCGUGUCGCACGCAGAGUACUGGAGGACCCCGAACGCUGAGAAACUGCGGCCGAGACCUUAUAGCGAUGGUGUAUGCUGGGGAAGCGGUGGCAUCGGUAUUGCCACUGCUCCUGACUUUUGGAAGGUCUUCCAUCGCGGUAACGUUACAAUCCAUUCGACUGAGAUCGAGAGCAUCUCCCACCAAGAUGUUGUAAACCUGAAGAACGGAUACGCUGUAGCGACUGAUAUUGUGAUCCACUGCACCGGAUUCGACAAGGGGUACAGCACAUUCGAUCCUGAGCUUCGAGAGGAACUCGGUCUACAAUACGACACGAAGACGUUCUCACGGUGGACGAUGCUCGAUGAGAAGGCCGAGAAGACGGUCGAUGAGCUGCUUCCGUAUCUCAGGACUGCCCCUAAGCAGUAUGGCGACGUCGAUGCGAGCAGAGGAGCGGAGCAAGGCCCCAACCGACACUUCCGCCGCCUUGUCGUUCCCGAGCUGGCGGCACGAGGCGACCGAUCAAUUCUGUUCCCCGGCCACAUUCACUCAGCGUUCACGCCACUCGCGGCGGAACUUCAGGCGCUUUGGGGCGUUUCGUGGAUGCUCGGAUGGCGCGACCUUCCGUCCAGAGAGGAGAUGGAGUUUGAGGCGUCGACAUUCAACGCGUGGACCAGAAAGAGGUACCUCGAGCAAGGCAAGAAACACUCGUACUUCAUAUACGACUACAUUCCGUACAUUGACACGCUCAUGAAGGACCUGGGCCUCAACCCCUUCCGUAAGAGCAAUGUCUUUGAAGAGUGGUUUGUCAGGUACAAACCGAGCGACUACCGUACCAUUCUCGAUGAAUAUCGUAGCAUCCGACGCAAUCAAUUGAAAGCGCGGUCCUUGAACGGUAAUGCGAAGGGGCCACGCCACGUUACUACGGAAACCAAUGGACAUUCCGUCAAGUCAAACUGA